UGCAGUUUUAUAGCAUUUUCUCCUGUUUUAUUUAGUUUAAAACCAGUUUUUGUUGUUUUAGAGGUAAAAGUUAGACGCAGUGUAAGCUGAGCGGUGUAACCGGGCUUGUAACGGCUGUGUUAGGUGCUGCUGUGAGCAGAGAGAGUUUCUCAGCUGGAGCAAAACAUUAACAACUUUAACAGCUUCACUGUGUCUAGUUUAUAAUUCUAGUUUUUAUAAAUGGUUGUAAUUUAGUAAAACACGGCUUUUGCGACGGAUUUUGGGACAUGAUUUCGGAGAAUGGAAACGGAAUACGACGUGUCGAUCCGAGAGCAGCUUUUCCAUGACCGGGUCCGAGAGAUCCUCAUCUGUGUACACCUCUUCUUCUGUCUAUACGUCUUGUCCUACCUCAUUCUCACACACUUCAAGAAGAAUGCAGAGUUUUCAACAGACGACAUUGAGGAGGCCACUGUUAAUAAAAUUGCACUGUGGUUAUGCACCUUCACCCUCUCAGUGGCCAUGGGUGCAGUUCUCCUCCUGCCCAUCUCCAUCCUGUCUAAUGAAGUCCUGCUCAGUUUUCCACAGAGCUACUACAUGCAGUGGCUCAACGGCUCUCUGAUUCAUGGUCUGUGGAACUUGGUGUUUCUUUUCUCCAACCUCUCCCUGGUCUUCCUUAUGCCUUUUGCCUACUUCUUUACUGAAUCAGAAGGCUUUGCUGGUUCCAAAAAGGGUGUCAUGGCACGGGUUUAUGAAACUACCGUGAUGCUGCUUCUCCUCAGUCUGCUGGUACUUGGCAUUGUGUGGGUGGCAUCAGCUCUUCUCCACCACAACACAGCAAGGGAGAGUCUUUAUGACCUGUGGGAGUACUACCUGUACUCUUGCAUAUCUCUGUUUGGAGUGCUGCUACUGCUGUUGUGCACCCCGUUUGGAAUGUCACACAUGUUCAGCGUCACUGGAAGCUUAUUGGUUAAACCACGGCUGUUGGAAGACGUGGAGGAGACGAUGAACUGUGCCAUGUUUGAGGAGGCAUCACUCUCUAGGAAAAUCAGAAGUAACAUGUCUUGCUGGUUGAGUGUGAAUAUGGAGGCGAUGAAGAGGCAGUUUGUGAGUGUGCAGGCCAGGCGAAUGGCUCUGGAGACGAGGAGGAAAGCGUCUGCAUGGCAGCGUAAUCUGGGGUACCCGCUGGUGAUGCUUCUGCUCUUAGCCUUAACUGUGGUGUGUGUGCUCAUGGUGUGUUUCCAUGUCCUGGAGCUGCUUUUUGAUGAGUCUGCCAUGCCCAGAGGAAUGGAGGAUCCUCACCUGGGUUUGGCUUCCUUCUCCAUGUUCGGCUCACUUGGGGCUGCAGUGCAAGUCGUCCUUAUUUUAUACCUGAUGGUGUCUUCAGUAGUGGGAUUCUACAGCUCUCCUCUGUUCAGCAGCCUUCUGCCUCGUGCUCAAGAUACCAACCUCACACAGAUCAUAGGGAACUGUGUGUGUCUGCUGGUGCUCAGUUCAGCUCUGCCCGUCUUCUCUCGCACUCUCGGAAUCACAAGGUUUGAUCUGCUGGGGGAUUUUGGACGCUAUGACUGGCUGGGAAACUUCCACAUAGUCUUCCUUUACAACGUGCUGUUUGCUGGUCUCACCUCCGCCUGUCUCAUUAACACAGUCACAUGGGCCGUGCAGAGGGGACUCAUCCGUGCCUUUGGUUUCCAUCGUCUGCCUUUUACUGUGUCCCGAUCUGCUGUCCACUUCAGGUUACUAAUGGCAAGUGGACUUUCAAAAAUCCAGUGACUGCAUUUCUAGACUGCUGAUUGUUGAAGUUGAUGUUAAUUUUCCCUCUCGGGGAAUAUCUCAGCAUCUCCAUGUGGACCAGCCUGUGAGUGAACGAACCACUAGACGGCUGCUGGGGGGAUCAAGUCUGCUUGCAAUCUGGUGAAGAUCGUUGGAGGUUCCUGACCUGACGAAUUCAUCCAUUUUGGAUCUCAGAUGGAGUAUUAGUGCAAAUACUGAUUCCUCCGAAGGUCAAACACUUAAGACUGUGAACAAACAUCUCAGUGAGGUUGGACGCUGGUCUCCUUCUCCUGAAGAAACUGAGCCAGACAGGUCAGCCAGGCCUAUCGUCCCAUCGUCCACUGCUGACUUCAGUUUGCAUCAGUUCUGUUGGUUUAUCAGUGGGUCUUAAUUGAACAGCUGAAGAAAGCGUGUACAGGAAGCCCAGGCUGAUGAGUGGGGAGGCUACGGGAUGCUCUUUACAUCCACAAGUGAAGAUCAGAUGGUUGUUAAAUGAUUCAUAUUCUUUAACAACAUGUUCACUGUUCCAGUUUUACAUUUACGUAUAUGCACCUUACCUAAACUUGAUGGCUUUAUGAGACUCGAGAUGAAUCCAUACCGUUUGUUGAACUGUGUAGGACCAGGUAACUGUGAAUUUUUAUAAUGAUAAUCAACCAAGUGCAAUAUGAUGCUGCAGGGAGGUCGUGUCAGAAUAUGUAGUAGAAACGCCUGUCCCAAGUACGUCCAGUUAAUCUGAGAUCAGUUAGACAGUAAUUAUGUAGACAGACAGCUGGCUUAUAAACAGUGAAGCCAAAUUCUCUCUCUAGGUCUGUUUCAUUUUUUCUCUUUCAUUUUUUAAACUAUUUAUAUUCAUUCACUACUUUACUGCAUUUGCUGUAUCAGCAUGUUAUAAACCAGUAUCAUUUAAGUAAUGUCCUGAAGGGGACAGUGUUUACCAUUCACACUAUGUUUUGAUUUAUUCCUUUGGUUUAGUAAUUUAUUCAUUUGUUUUUAUUUCUAAUUUUAUAGUCAUUUUUAAAUAUAACCUCAGUUCAUUUAUGGCAAAUGUUUACCUACUACCAACGAUGCCAACUAUGUCAUAAAGAGUUUAUUUAAAUGUAUGAAGAAAUUCUGCCGAACCACUUACAUACACAUAUACUUGUCCAGCUAUUGAUGGGAGUAGAUUCAUAAACACCAAAGAAAUGUAAGAGAAUAAGACACGUUGGUACAUUUGAGUCUUAAUGUUCAUUUUAUAUUGUUGCCAGGUCAGUGGUAGCUCAGUGUUUAAGGUACUGGACUAUUAAUCAGAAGGUUGCCAGUUCAAUCUCCACCACCGCCACUGUUGGGCCCCUGAGCAAGGCCCUUAACCUUCAAUUGCUCAAAUUGUAGUCAGUCAUAAUUAGCGCCUGCUAAACGCCACAAAUGUGAAUGUAAAUGCAAACACAAUUCCACACUGUUUACAUGCUCUGUUAAUGAACCUAAAGAUUCACACUAAAAAAGAAGAAUAAAUUUUUUAUAAAUG